CGAUAAAAGAAACAGCAUACUUGUUACGCACUCAUUUCGUCUAUAACAGCUUGGCCGCGGUACGCCGUUUACCCGAAUGCGUAAAAUUAUUGCUUAAACGCUGCACAUUUUUUCGCGAAGCUUCUCGUUGCUCGUUACGUUUAGUUUUUUUCUUUCAAUUUUUUUCAUUUUUUUUUCAAUUGAAAAAAAAAUCAACAUGAAAUUCGUAUCGGUUUUCGUUUGCGUCGUUUUAUGCGUUUCGCAAAUUUUCGCUAGUCCGGUGACCAACGCUUCGGCCAACGAGGAUAUCACCACCACCGAAAUCCAAGAGCUCGUCGAAAAAGUCGUGCAACAACAACAGCAACCAGCUCAAGACGGUGUCCGCGAAGCUAAACACAUCGACAACGAAUUAUACAAAGGCAAAACCAGCACCAUCGAAGAUGCCCUGCUCAGGAAACUCAACUCGAAAUGCAACCAAAAAGACAUCUCCAGCUGCGUUAUGUUGAAAUUGGUCACAUACAUGAAUCGUCUGUUGAAAAAAUCCUCCUUGGAGAUCAGCGACUCGGUUGAAAUCACCCAAACUGGCCCAGUCGUCGAAGAAGAAAUCAAAAAAGAAGACUUGGAAGUCGACGAAUCUAGAGGAUACACCGACGAAUCGAUCUUUGGAAACAUCAUCUCCGAAAAGUUAUGGAGCUUUGUUAAAUCCAGAUCGUUGAAAUGGAAAUUGUUGCCCGAAGCUAAUGUUGUGCUAUCUACCUCUUCUGACGAUACCGGAAACAUCAACCUCGGUGUUGCCCUCAGAUCUGCCAAAUCUCUCGAAACUGGUAGAGGAAAAAUGAAGAACGCUGGACCCAUCAUUGCCGCUGGUAUCAUGAAAAUCGGUAUGCUCAAAGUUUUGGCUUUCAAAGCUUUAGCUUUGUUGGUCGGUAAAGCUUUACUCGUCAGCAAACUCGCUUUCCUUUUGGCCGCCAUCAUCGGUUUGAAGAAAUUGUUCAGCCACUCUAAACACGUUACUUACGAAGUCGUUGCUCACCCACACCACACGCACUCUGCCGUCGAAUCUCACGGACAUGGAGAUUCUUACAACACCGGAUGGGGACGAUCUGGCGAUGUUGCUGCUGCUGCUGCUCAAAACUUAGCUUAUAGAGGACAUUUACAGCAAUAGGUUCGUCGAAUCUUCAUCAAGAAGUCGAGAAACACGCUGUAAAACCAACCUCCUAUGAGUGUUUACAACGCUGUACAAAAAUGCUUAUUAACUUUCAAUGGUUACGAUUGCCAUAAUUAAUUUAUUUCGUCGAUAUUGUUUUUUUAUUGCCUCUUUUUGUUAUUUAAUUUCUUUGAUUUGUUUUUUCCCCUUUUUUUUUUACUUAAUUUAUUUACAAUUGUACAGUAAUACGAUGAGAUUUUUACGUAUUUAUUUAUUUUUUGAUGUAUAAAUUGUUACGUUUUUUUUGUUGUUGUUAUCAACGUGUUACUUUAUAUAUAUGCUACCUACUCUGUAUUACCUCUCUUUACAUAUACUACGGUUAACUGAACUCAUUACUAUACAUUACGAGUACUUAUAUGUACAUUUACUUACAACUAUACAACUACAUAUACCUACUUUACUUAUCUUACUUUUGUGACUAUACGAACUAUAUGUUACUUUUAUUUAACUCGUGUGCUGUCUAUGUCCUAACGAUGAUGUGCUGCUCUAUUCUAUUCAUAUGUUUGUACACUUCCUAUAAGUUAUAUUUUUUUUAUCCAUCUGCUUAUACAUAUAGUACAUUAAAUCCUAUACAAACACCUGAUCAUGUGGAUAUGCAAUAAAAAAAUGUCUAGUCUUUUGUUGAUUUAAUACGUGUAACCAAUUACAAUACCACACAGUGCCCAUAUAAUGGGUUACCUUAUGUACGUUGUAUUAGUAAAAUAGGUGCGAUUUGAUUCGUCGUAUUAAAUCCAGACCUACAUCUGAUCCACUCGCUCACAUAUGUACCAAACAGCACACAAAACUAACUCAACUAUACUACCUACAGCAACAAAUUACUGCAACUUUAACCUACGUAUAAAACGUAUGUAACUUGACUUUUAACAAGCCGCAUUGCAUUUUACGAGUACCCAACCCAGCCUAUCUCGCACAAAACCAUCGUUUCCUUUUUCUUGAGAAACUCGGACACCAGUCUGACCUAAGUGAGCUUUUAAGUUGCGCACUCUUCCUGAAACCGCACUUUUCCACAUAACCACACAAUAUAACUGCAUAGCAAUCGACCAAGGUGCUCGUAUUUUGGUCGAAUGAAGAAAAUCUCAGCACCUAGAGAAACCACGUUGACGUACGAGUAAGUACGUAAAAUGCAAUGCGCAAAACUCAACUUUUACAUUACCGUUGACGAAACUAUAAACUGAACAGACAGAAUAUAUCUAACUCUUAAGUUAUUUUUAUAAGCCUCUCGCAAGAGUGCGUAUCGUUUAUUCGCAAAAUAUCUAAGGAAUUUUUUUUUCUAGUAUUAAGCAUUGACGCACAAUACUUAAUUGAAAAAUAAAGGAGAGAUAUAAGAUUACCAAAUAAUAAUACUGACGUGAACGAUUGGAAAAAGUACACAUCGUGUAACUUAAAAUUUAAGCUAACAUUAUGAAAUUUUAUACUUAUACGUCUUAUAGGUAUCGUAAUACUCGUUACCCAUUCUGAGGAGCUCUCUAUGAGAGUCUCUCUUUUUUUUUUUUUUUUGAAAAAUAA